CCGGACCCGGAGCGGAGCCGGAGCGGGAGCGGAGCGGGAGCGGGCUGCAGGGAUGUACUGAAAAAAAGGAGCGAUGUCACAACUAAAGUUGUGCUUGCUAGCAGUGUUAGAAGCCCAGCGGAAAGCCUACAUGUAACAUCUAAAGCUCAGAUGGCAAACAGAAGACAAGCAAUGGAUAGAUCACAAAGGAAGGAGAGCACAGACCAUUGUGAACGCAGACAUGUUGAAUUUGGCAAGUUUGAUUCUGCCAAUACAGGUUCCAAAAUCGAAGCGCUGAUCUCAUCUGCGGUUCCUAACAACAAUAGCUUCUUUGAAAAUAUGUCUUCGUUGUAUAGUGUGCCAGAACAUAGGCACCAUGUAAACUGUGAAAGCUCCAAAGCUGGUAUUCUGAAACACAACCAGAAUGAGAGGGAAUUAAACGCGGGACUCCUUCUAGCCGAGACAACGUGUAAAAAGUACGCUCUGAGAAAAAAGACAAUGGUCCAGUAUAAUCGAGAAAGUAGCCUGGAACAACUUGAGUUUGAAAAGUACUGCAAGAGUGUUUCUAUUCCUUCAGUAUCAACAGUAGGUUGUCAAGAUUAUGGAGCUGUCUCUCGGUUGCCACUUAAAAGGACAAUUUUCAAUAAAAAUCCAAAAUAUAAAUGCAAAGGAAGUCGGAAGAUGUUAGUUAAGAUAACAAAAAUCAAUAUUCAGAAGUACCUGAUACAAACUGAGAGAAAGACAAAAAUGUGCCAAAAGCUUCUAACACACAACAAUCUGAGUUCAGGAGUCAAGAUGCAGUACAUCACAAUGCCAGAACAAAACAUGGCUGCGGUCCCAACGAUGAAGAAAGGUCGGAGAAACAAGAUGACGAUGCUGCCUACGGGUGAUGUCCCUGUAGUCAUUAAAAGAAAAAGAGGGAGGCCACGGAAAGUGCUACCUGAAGGCAGCAUUGAACCUACCAAUCACGUGAAAAGAAAGCCCAGGCACCACAAACUUUCUCCCCCACAGCCGACAUACAUUGCUGGAUCCAAUGACAGCACUACAGACUAUGCAGAUGUUUUGUCCAAAUUGGCCUUUUUAACCAAACAGAGUUUGAUCUUGGGCAGAUGCUCACCGCCCAGAUGUUGGUCUCCCAGUGACCCUGGAUCCUUUCAGAGAUCAGCCUCCAUGCACCAAGAUAUGUCGCAGUUUUACCGAACGUUAGCAGGCACACGGAGGAGGGGUGGUAAAGCAGGCUGUUCACGAGGACGGCAAGUUGGGCAAUUUGCAGAGUCAUCUUCUACCUUUAGCGAUUUCUUCGAGGGUAUUGGAAAGAGAAAACGGAUAUUCUUAGGUGAAACCAAAUUGUAUGCAAGAAAAUGCAAGUGGGGUACAGAAAUGAAAGAGAAACCAGUCCAAAGACGGAAACCAUACAAGCGAGCAAUUCCGUUCCCAGAGCACAGCAUUUUUCAGAACAUGAAUGCUGAGAAUUCCGAAUGGGCCAGACAAAAUGAGAAUUGUUGGGCCACAGGCCAAGGUUACCCUUCAAAGCAAAUCAGGAAUGGAUUGUACCCUUCCUACCCAGGAAUGUCAACGCAAUCAUUUCCCAAUGCCAUUUGGGAUUCGAGGUCCAUGUCGAGGAAUGGAUAUUUAAUGGGUCGGCUUUCCUCUAACCAAAGCAAUGUUGCUCAGCAAAGUCCUGGUUGCAUUGCUGGUUACUUCCGUUCACUUCUCGAUUCAGAUGAUUCUUCAGAUUUGAUGGACUUGUCAUUUUCACAGGCUGGGCAAGAAUCAUGUAAUAUAACUGGAGGCUUUGGAGUCAGUAGUUCAACGCCACCGUCAAGGCACUUAACACAUUUCCAAGAAGGUUUUGAGAAAACCAACUCCCCUAAUUGUGCUAGCACCCAGCAGCAUGCAAACCAAACAGGACAGACUUACCCACAGAUGAUCCCAGAUAAUUCCGAUAGUGUUGAUUACGGCUCCUCGUAUCAUUCUUCUGAGACAGAAACUUUCCAAAGAGUCGCUCCUCAGCCAGCCCUCUCUAGGCAGAGUGGCCUCUCGUGUCAGCAGACUCCAGAUAACUAUGGCCAUUAUGGUAAUUACAGAAUGAAAACUCAAAGUUUCAGUAAUUCGGAUACACUGCAGCAACCUAGAGAGCUUUCUGGUCUGGACUUUCUAGGCACCAGAGAUUGUACAUUUGGCUAUGACACAAGCAAUAAUACUUCUUCUCAAUCCACCUCUGCUGAUGCAUUCAAUCAACAUGCAGUUGGUUCAAAGCUACACUUUAAUACCGCUUCUCCAUUUAAUUCUUUCAGACCAGACCCCCGCAGUCCAAUGUCCUUACAAGCAUCCUUAACUUCUGAGAGUCAAUCAGAUGCAGCCUGUUCUAUGGACCACCCAUCUCAGAAAUACUUUAAUUCACCACAAUUAUCGACUGAUACCAGGAUGGCAUUCUUUAGAGGACUUCAACUGAGUGGUAAAUCCGGUUUUAAUCUAUGUGAUGGGAAUAUGGCACAUUUUAAUCACCAUUACACUCCAGUAUUAGAUUAUAACAGCUUGAAUGAAUCAAAGGACAUUUUGGAUAUCUCAAACUAUACACCUCAGAAGGCCAAGCUAAGGUCGUUUCCAGAGACGCUCACGGAAUCAUCAUCUCACUUUAACACGGCUUUUGGGAAUUCUGAAGGCGGUGGGAACAUUUGCAGCAAUAUAGCAAGUGAGGAAAAGUCUAGUCUCUCCAGCCUGGAGAAGUUAAUGAUGGACUGGGAUGAAACCAUACCCGUUGAAAGAGCUGGACCAAAAGUGGGUUCCAAACGUCUGUGGAACCAUCACGUACCUUUCCCCAGUGAUUCCAGAGUCCUGUACGGAAGGCGGAAGCGGGUUGAUAUGUCCAGCCCUCCUCACUUGCUUUUUCCUGCAUCUCCCCCAUUCUUUCCCAGGAAGACGUCAGCACCCAGACAGAUGAGGAACGUCAGAAGCCCGUCUACUUCAAAUAAAAAAGAACAGUCUGUCCGUAAAUCAAAGCUAUUACAGAAAAUUCCAGGAGCAAGCCCUGCGUUCUCUGAAAGUCCAGACUGUGGUUUAGACUAUGGCUAUGGCGGAGAUAGCACUCUGCCUUCAACUCUCUCAAAUGUCCAAAAUUUCCAAGUUCCAAAAAGCGAUCAGAAAGAAUAUUGUAGCUUAUAUUCUCCAGGCUGCACCCGACCAAUGCCUGAUGAAAGUUUUCCAGCAAGAUUCGCUGGUAAUGAUAUUCAAGAAACUGUUUCCAUGUAUUCAGACCUAAAGCAAUCUGCAGUGGAAGCAGAACAGCUCUCUGUUCAGACACUGCAGCACUCAAUCAGCCAAGACCAUGAAAGACUCCUGCCCGAUAACCGAGAGCUUUAUCCAUUGCAUACCCCAGGGUAUGCAGGCAGUUUGGAGUCAACUGAAGGAAAGAAACAUCCAACUUUUUAUGACACAUUAGAAAACAGCACCGAUGUUUCUCAGAGCACUGCAGCAGCCAACCAAGAUUUGUUAGCUUCACAUCUCCAGUUUGAUGCUGAUAAUGCAGCUGUUUUGGAAACAAAUGCUGGGUAUUUGCAGAAUUCUGCUCCUUACAGCUCACUGGAUGAGAACAAAAAAGAAGCUGAACUGUCUUUGUUUGGGAUUCAGAGAAGAGAUAAUAUAUCCACUUCCAGACCCCAAAUAAUCCCUCUAAACACAGUAGCACAAAUUGAGAAACAAGCACAGAAGCUUGCUAUGGAUUACGGCGGUUCCCCUUAUGCCAGUGCUACAAUAACCACGGCAAACACCUCGCCAGCAUCAAGUGAUUCUUCUAUACAUGUGGACAGUAACUACACCGACAAACAAGGGAAUCGUAGACCGACACCGAUGGGCUUACUACUGGACCAAAAUCAGGAUGAGCUGUACGCAGGAAACGCUUCACAGUGAUGUCUGAUGACUUUGCAAGAAAAUCAGUGCAAUUAGGAUGAUCGGUUCAAGGGUUUUGUGGAGCAAUUAGGAACGCACAUUAUCUGCAUGAAUUCAUUGGAGGGUUUGUGGUGAACUGACUAAUUCAGGAAAACUGGAUUUCGGCUUUAAAGAGAAAUAUGAAAUGAGCAUCUGCAGAGACAAUCACAGUGAACUGUGGGGAGCUGAGCAAAGGACAUAGACAUUAGACUUGCACUUUGAGACUGCAGUCGAGAAGCUGUUGCUACAUUCACGUUUGAAAAAAUACAUAAAACUGGCUGCAAAAAUGCUGACUCUUCUUUCGUACACAAUCCAUCUUUUAGACAGCAACAAGAAUGAGGUACUUGGAUGCACUUGUUCAGCUGGUAGGUAUAAUGUUUGUACAGUGUAAAUAUAAUUUCUGAUUUUGUGAUCUUUCAGUUUAACGCUUUCAGAACAGUGUGGUUCCUCUUUGGAAACUUAAAAGUACACAACAUGUAUUCCAUUUAAGAUACUGUAAAAUUGCCAUGCACUUAUUUGCUGAAAUCCAUUCCCUGUUGUCUCUGGACACUAUUUUUAUCAUGAAAUAUCAGUGAGCUUGCUGCCUCUAAUUUGAAAUACCAUUUUAAAAAAAGAGCAUUGUACAUAACCUGGCUAGCGGAUGGAAAAGAAAAGGAAAUGCACCGUACAUUUUUUUGAUGACAGCAGUGGCAAAAUUAGGGAUAAUUAAGGGAAAGAAUCGCACUAAUUCUUCACUCAUUUUCCUUCAGAUUACAAGGAGCGCACAAGAAGCAUGGUACUGAUCUGCCAUAGUGUGUGUAUUUUGGCAGCUCAAUAAUUGCUUGGGAGGCAGCAAAGAUUGCUGAAAUUGCAAUGCUGUCAACAGCUCUUGAUCCUUUUUUUGUCACCUCAUUAUGCAGUGACAAUACAUGUUGUCUUAUUAUAAAUACAUAUGUUUUUUUUAAAACCGAAAUGUACAGUUUUUAUAAACAGUAUUUAACCAAGGACAGAGUAGACGUGUCACCAGGGCACCAGCAGUUUAUGUUCUUGUACAAAUGUAUCUGUAAAUUCUUUAUAUCGAUAUAGCGAGUGCUUCAAAUAUGCACUGAAAUGUUUGCCUGGAGAAUGACAGAAAUGGUUAUAACGUAUUUAAUGUAUAUAAUGUUUUAUUUAAGAUGUGUUUUUAUUGUACUCUGUACCUACCUGUAGUGAUUGUUGUGAGGUUGCAAGGUUGAUUUCUAGCACAUUUUUUUGCCUUCAUGCAGUGUGCACCCAAAGAUAUAUCUUUGUAAAACAAUUUCGUAUGGACUUUUUAUUUGUAAGAUGCAGUAUUAUAUGAUGAAUUUCGGAGUACAGAUGAAAAUAAGCUCAGGGUGUCAUUUCUGUUGACUGCCUGAUUUGAUCUGUUUAUUGAGUGGUUCCUGUGAAAUAUGAACAUUUUUAACCAUUUUUUAAACAAAUCGUCUUCACAUUAUGUGUUCUUGAAGUUGUACUCAGUGCCUGCCUGUGUGUGUAGUUCAGUCCACAUAAAAUACAGACCAGCAUUGCCGUAGAUGAAUUUUUCUGCUUGCUUCACCCCUUCCCUUAUCUUUGCAAGAUUUGCACUUCUGCUUGCAUACUCGAUAAAUAUCAUCCACAGGCAGAUUGCUGUUGGCGGUAUCCAGGUUACAAACCAAAUUUCCCUCCAGAUAUAGGAGCAGCACUUCUGGUUCAGAAUCAGAUUUAUUAUCACUGACUUAGAUGACGUGAAAUUUGUUGUUUUGCAGCAGCAGUAUGGUGCAAAGACAUAAAAUUACUAUAAAUUACAAAAAUAAAUAACUAGUGCAAAAAAAAGAAAUAAUGAGGUAGUGUUCAUGGACCAUUCAG